AUGAUCGCCUCUCUGCUUGUCGUCCUCGCCGCUGUCGUCGCCGUCUUCACAGCGCUGCCACCUCCUUCCUCUUCUCCACCGUUCUUCGACUUCUCAAAUGCAACGGGACGACUACGAUUUGCCAACGAUGACUCGCUGGUAUUAUUGCACAACUAUGGUCCGUAUGUCCUGCUCGGCGGAAGGAACGCUAUUUUUAAUGUGAGCAUCACACCACUCUCUUUAAUUUUCAAAUAUGAAUGGCCUACAUCGGAAAAUGAUAUGUUAGAAUGUACAAAGAAAACCACAUCAUUG